AUGUUGCGACGGCCGCCUGGCCACGUCGCUCAGCAGCGCAAGUUCCUGUUGGCACUCGCCUUUAUCCUCCUGCCAUGGCUCCCGCUCGCCGAUGCUCAGCAGCAGCACCAGCAGCGCCAACCCGCGCAGAAUCACCAGCCGAGAUUCCCACCCGAGGGUAGCCAACACGCUCUCCAGAAUCCCGUUGCAACGCCCCUGACGGGCCAUCUGGUGGUCGAGACGCCUCACGCCCACAACAGACGAAAGACUACCGUCACUAGCGACGUCGAUGAUGACGACACCCGGCUCAACCCCUACUCCCGCUCCCACGCCAUCAAUAUUGACGAUGCGCGCGCCCUCGCUUUGGCUCCGGACUUGUCCGUUCGAGCACCACAUCCUCCGGCAUACAAAACCAGCUCCAUUGGGGUUGGUCUCUCGCAGCACGAUGCGCGGAAUCUGGAGGAUUGGGAAGUGGAAGACUUUGUUCUUCUGGCGACCGUCGAUGGAAACCUUUAUGCCAGCGACAGAAAGACUGGACAAGAGCGUUGGCACUACAAGGCCGACCGCCCCAUGGUCGAGACAAGACACUUUCGUGCCAACCGAUCUGAAGUCGACGAAGACUACGACCCCAUCGACGAUUAUAUCUGGGUCGUCGAGCCCACUCGCGAUGGAGAGCUCUAUAUAUGGCGGCCCAGUGGCGGCAAAGUGAGCGUGUCCAAGAUGGACUGGACCAUGAAGACGGUCGUUGAGAAUAUGUCCAACCGAUACGACAAACGUAAUGGACUCGUAUACACCGGCAAUAAAAUGACAACCAUGGUCACUUUCAAUGCAGCCACGGGUGCUGUGAUCAAGGAGUUCGGCCCGUCGAGCUCCUACGUGAAUAAGGUGGAGUCGGAGAGCUGCUCCAAGCCUAACGCGCUAGCCGACGGAGACAGCGAAGAGUGCAGCAACAGCGGUACCAUAACGCUCGGGCGCACCGAAUAUACUGUUGGUAUCCAUCGUGCCGACGGUAGUCCGCUUGCCUCGCUGAAGUACUCGGAAUGGGGACCUAACAAUCAGGACAACGAUCUCAUUCAGCAGAAUCUCAACACGAAGGACCACCGCUACAUCGCGGGCCAACACGAUGGCAAAGUAUACGGCUUUGAUUUUGCGCGUUCCAGGAUGGACCGCCCAUCUUUUACCAAGAUGCUCUCGUCGCCAGUCGCUCGCGUUUUUGAUGUCUUUCAUCGUUGGGGGACUGCCCCAGGCGAGGAUCCCGACCUUAUUGUUCUACCACAGCCGCCGCUCCCUGCCAGUGACGAGAAUGACUCGCGCCUUCGCAGCGAGCAGGUAUUUAUAAACCAGACCGAGGCCGGAAGCUGGUAUGCUCUUUCGGGCAGCCGAUAUCCCAUGAUUCUUGAGGCCGGCCCAGCCCUUAUUCACAAGAUGGACUGGUUGCAAGUCAAAGACUCGUGGGAGUCGGACGAGGAACAAAAAUCCAAAGUGCUGAUCGGGACAUACCCAUUGUCAGUUGGGUCUGGUGGGACCAACAACGGCCAACGAUCGCUUCAACUAAUAGAUGGGUCGGUUGACACUGACACGCGCAACUCCGACCCAGCGCUCCCGCCAUCAGCGCCAACGUCCUUGCCAAUACCACUGGCAGAAUCGAGCCCAAUACUAGACCCGAGGAAGAUCUCGGAAUUUGCCGCUGUCAGUCUCGUUGACUUGGUCAGCAACCCUGCUGCAAUCGUCAUCUUCUUCAUCCUCAUGUAUUAUUUGUACAAAGACAAAUUUUGGCGGUCCAGCUGGAAGACUUGGAACAAGAGCAAUUUCGAGCAGCAUAUCGAAGUCAGCUCUACGGCCGCGAGUGCCGAGCUGGAUUCCAAGGAGCCAGUCGAUGCCAAAGCGGAUAAUAGCGAAACCGACGAUAAAGUCGGGGUCGAUACGACCUCUGACGUCUCGGUUGAUAAAUCUAAUUCCGGGGCAGCUGUUACAAUGAAGCAAGUGUCACCCGCCGUCUCUUUUUCUGAGCCCGCCGACCUCGCCGACAAGCCGGCCCUCGAUAGCAAUGACGGCACCUCCGUCUUUGACAGCGCCAAAAAGAAAAAGGCGCACAGGGGCCGCCGCGGGGGCCUCAAGCAUAAAAAAGGCAGUAUCAAAGACAAGAGCGAACACUCGCAGUCGCGCGACGACGAACCCCCGGAGGCAACUGUCGAAGAGGUGGUCAACAAAGCAAAGCAACUCGGCGCGGAGCCAAAGCUCGAGCCUGACAUUCUGACUAUCCCCACUGGCGUUGACGAAGUUUCGGGCCCCAUUCUAAAGAUGGGUCUCCUGGAAGUUAAUGAGGAACAGCAGCUUGGGACGGGAAGCAACGGCACUGUCGUCUUUGCAGGGAAAUGGGAUGGCCGCGAUGUUGCAGUGAAGCGCAUGCUUGUGCAAUUCACAGAAAUUGCCAGUCAGGAGACGAAAUUGUUAAGAGAAAGUGACGACCACCCGAAUGUUAUUCGAUACUUCGCCCAACAACAGCGCGCGGCGUUCCUCUAUAUUGCCCUCGAGCUUUGCCAGGCCUCGCUCGCAGAUGUCGUCCAGAAGCCACAAAUGUUUCGCGACCUGGCCCAGGCGGGCGAAAAUGACAUGCCCAGUGUCCUGUAUCAGGUUGCCAACGGCCUGAGCCAUCUGCAUAGCUUGCGCAUUGUCCAUCGCGACCUCAAGCCUCAAAACAUUCUUGUCAAUAUGGGCAAGGAUGGCAGGCCACGUCUGCUUGUGUCUGACUUUGGCCUUUGCAAGAAGCUGGAGGGCGGCCAGUCUUCCUUUGGGGCUACUACCGCGCAUGCAGCUGGAACGUCUGGCUGGCGCGCCCCUGAACUCCUCAUUGAUGACGACGGGCCUGGAUCUACAUCGAUGACUCUUACUGAUCCAGGUUCGAGUCUUCACAGCGGGUCAGGCGAGCUGCUUGGUCCCAAUAGCCGUCGUGUUACAAGAGCUAUCGAUAUUUUCUCGCUCGGCUUGGUCUUCUUUUACGUCCUAACAAAAGGUAGUCACCCGUUCGACUGCGGUGAUCGGUACAUGCGCGAGGUGAACAUUCGCAAGGGCAAAUACAGUCUGCAACUUCUCGACUCGUUAGGCGACUUCUCGUUUGAGGCUAAUGACCUCAUUGCGAGCAUGCUCAAUGCCAACCCCAAACUCCGGCCGUCUGCCCGCGAAGUCAUGGCACAUCCAUUUUUCUGGAGCGCUAAGAAACGGCUUUCAUUCCUAUGCGAUGUGUCGGAUCACUUCGAGAAGGAGCAGCGCGACCCUCCGUCGGAGGCUCUCUCUGAGUUGGAGCGCUUUGCUCCAAGCGUUGUUAAGGGUGACUUCCUCAAGAAUCUCCCCAAGGACUUUGUCGAUAGUCUUGGCAAGCAACGCAAGUACACGGGCACGCGGAUGCUGGAUCUACUGCGCGCACUUCGCAACAAGCGCAACCACUACGAGGACAUGCCCGAGACGCUCAAGAAGUCGGUUGGCCCUCUUCCGGAGGGCUACCUGGGCUUCUGGACGCGUCGGUUCCCAAAUCUGCUCAUCACUUGCUGGAAUGUCGUGUACAAUGUCCAAUGGGAGGAGACGGAUCGCUUCAGGGAGUAUUACGAACCUGCUGGGCUGGGGUUGUAG